GAAAGUAAACGAAGAGUAAUUGUAUGCUCAUUAUCGGUGAGUCACAUUCCUAGCCUGCAUCUGCACUUCCUGGAUGUGCCAGGAUCGAGUGACCCGACAUGAAGCCGGUGAGGGAAGACGAUGCCCGAUGAGAUCGACAGUUUAAAGUUUUCAAAGUUCAUACGUCGUGGUGCAUAACGGAUGUUCUGUUGAAUGUACCCAUCUGACUUAUCUAACACUUUAGUGCCGGGGCCUGAUUUCUAUACUUCUUCUUCGUGUCUCUUGUGAUCGAUACAUUGGUAUUAAAGAAGCAUUGGGGUGACCUGAUACUUCCGUGGUGAACAGUUUCAAUCGAGGAAGUGGAAUGAGUUCUCAAAAGCCACUGCUUUUGCCUUGGCUGAUAAAGCAGAUAGACAGUGGUCAGUACCCUGGGCUAGAGUGGACCAAUAAGGAGCACAGCGAGUUCCGAAUCCCAUGGAAGCAUGGCCUGCGGCAAGACCGGCAGCCAGACGAUAGCUUAAUUUUUAAGGCAUGGGCAAUAGCAAGUGGUCGGUACAAGGAACAUAUUGACAAAGCAGAUCCAACAGUUUGGAAACGAAACUUCCGCUGUGCUCUGAACAGGAAAACACACUUUAAAGUAGUGAAGGAUCUAAGCAAUGACUCUGUGGAUCCCCACAAGGUGUAUCAUGUCUGUCAAAGUGAGGAGUCACGACAGAGUUCACAAGAGUCAUGCAAAGACGAAUUACAGGAAAGUCCCCAGGAAAACUUCCCUGGAGCAGGGGCUGCCUGCUUUCCUCCCACAUCAGAAAAUCUGACUUUAGGAUAUGAUUUCUUCCCCAAUGAUUUCAAAGGAUAUGAGGAUAUUCUGGAACAUGACUUGGAAGAAAUGUCCAUCUCUAACCAGCAGAAUAAAGGAACAUUUCAAUUUGGGAACAGUACCACGUUUUUGCCAUCGGAAUGUCAUGAAGCCUAUAAUAUACCUGAAAGUGCAACAGAAGCUCCUGACCCAGGUCUCCAACAGACACAGGAAUUUAGAUAUGAAGUUGACCGUACAUUCAUUAAUGAGCAACUGGGAACAUUUCAAUUUGGGAACAGUACCACGUUUUUGCCAUCGGAAUGUCAUGAAGCCUAUAAUAUACCUGAAAGUGCAACAGAAGCUCCUGACCCAGGUCUCCAACAGACACAGGAAUUUAGAUAUGAAGUUGACCGUACAUUCAUUAAUGAGCAACUGGUUACAGAUUUCCGUGUCUCCGUCUAUUUCAGAGGAGUGCUAGCGGCACAGUUCUCCACAGUGGGAGGGUUGGGAUUUCAAUUGUUAUUUGAUGAAGUGCCCAAUGCACCAGGCACUGAAAACCUCACCCAGUUACGCAUACCAGGAACUGAGAAAAUGUCAGAUGCAGAGCAAGCAAGAUACACAGGAAGAAUCCUUAGAAAACUGGGACAAGGUCUGGCUGUGAAAAUCCAAGACAAGUCUAUCCUGGCAAGCAGACUUGGGGACAGCCACAUUUUCUGGAGUCUCUCAAAGUUCGAUUCAUCCUGUCACCCACAAGAAGUUUCCAAACAUGGGUAUACAGAAGUCUACAAUUUCGGCAGGUUUGUCAGAGAGUUGCUUGAUUUCAUUGAAUCACGGGGUGGAUCACCACAGUACUCAUUGUGGUUUUGUCUGGGAGAAGCGUGGCCUGAUCCUAACAAACGACCAUGGGAGAAAAAGUUGAUCAUGAUAGAGGUCAUUCCAAUCUGUUUUGAGAUCCUCAAAAACACUGCAGUAGCUGGUGGAGCCUCAUCUCUACAAGGUGAAAAUAUUGAACUUCAGCUCUCAGACAACCCUAGCUUGAGGUCUCUGUUGGAAAGUAUGGAAACAAAUUAGGAUUAAGCUAAGAAGGAAAUGGACACCACUUUUGGAUUAUAUCUCAAUCUACAAUUCAGUUUUCAUUGGAAUGUAUUUUCUUAAUUUACUGAAUAUUUUCAAAAUUUAGGCUGCAGAGUCUACUGAUUAUAACACUGCACUGGUGAUGACAAGGUAAUUACUUAAAUAUUUGCCAGUAACUCACUAUAUGAUGAUUUAUUCUUGCAAAAUUACUAAAAAUUAGGAAUAGCAGGAAAUCUAACAAGCGUCUUCUGUACAUUAGGAAUGAGAUAAUGAAGAAAUGGCUAAAGAAAAUGAAACUCUGUAAUAAGUAUAACAGAAGCAGCAUAUCACUAAACACAGGGCUUAUGAACAGGACAAUUAAUUCUAAACAUAAAAAACAAAGCUGGAGAAGAACAUUGCAACUAAUGAAAAUAAGAUCACCCUGAGAUUUGUCAGCAUUUCAGCAGUAGAGAAACUGUCAAGGAGGAAGUGAACUGUAUUACAAGAAGCAAAGGACACACAUAGUAUUUAAAACAAAAUCGAGCAUGCUCUUAAUCCAUUCAUCUCUGAAUUUUUCACCUGGGAAUAAUAUUAAAAAAUGCUAAACAAGUUGGAGGCUGCAGAGGAAGAAGUGCUACAAGGAUUAAAAUGGAUGAAAGCACAUACAAUGUCCCAUACCAUACAUUUACCUAGAAAUCCAAAAACUGAUGGAUUAUAAAUACAAAUACCAAACGUUUAUUUUGAAGAAAUCACUAUUAUUGACAAUUUAGAUUCAGGGUCAAUGUGCAUCAUUAUUAGUUUCAGUGCUAUUAGCUAUGAAAAGCUUACUGUAGAUCAGAGGCGACUUAAAAGGUCACCAUUUAUUUUAGCAUAAGGGCUGCUGGCCUGCCCAUCUUUUUACUUGCUUUGUUUUGAAUUCCUGUGAGUCAAGGGUGUUGUGUUCUCUGAAGGAACUGAGCAAACAAGCAAGCACACUUUUGUUUUGGGAACACAGGUACUGAGGCUUCCAAGUGAGAGAAGACUAAACAAGCUUCCACAAGCAUUCAAGGCCUUUAACCUUAAGAACACUGAGCAAGCUCUCAAGCUAGUGCAUAACCAUAUAAACAUUUUAAAUUUAUAUAUUAAGGCUCUUCAAUACUUUAGGUGAUCCAGUUAAAGCAAAAUGCACUGUGUUAGCUAGAAUGAGCUGUACAGGAGUUUUAAGAGUUGAUUAUUGAAGGCUAGGGUUUUUCUGUCUUUUAUGUAGACACCUUUGAGCUCUAGGUGGCUCCUUUUAUGCCCAGCAGCUCAGUUCCUGUGCUUGCAAGUCAGAGAGUGACUACAUGCCACUGCCUAACAGCACAGCUACUUGUACUCACAGACGUUCACAUUAGUAUGCAUACAUAUGUAUAUUUUAGAUAGAAUUUAAGUUUAUGUCAGUGCUUCUUUAUGAAUCAUAAUAAUAAAUCAAGUUACAGCAGAAUGUAUUAAACUAGUUAGCUUUAAGUUAAUUUAGAAUUAAUUGUUAAAGACAUGUAUUUUUGCUUUCAUCCAAUCAGUCAGGAAAGCACCAUGCUUGCCCAUUCAAGGCCGUCUGCAGCUUGGCCCUUAUUCAUGAAGCUGCAUGAUAUCGCUUACUGGCACAGUUGCCUAUGAUUUUAGCCUUAAAGGACACUAGUGCAACAAGUAAUUAUUUAAUUUUUAUUUGAGCAGUCCAGUUUUUACACGUGGAUCCUCCCGAUUCCACCAGGAGUUGAUUAACCAAAAGGCCAUCAACCUUUGACAGCCCAGGAUUAGGAACAUGAGAAUGCAGGGAGGGGUAAUACUGACCUCUAGGUGGUAAAUACAUCCUUUGAGUCAAAAUGGUUGUUAUGAGAAUGUGUGGACUGGGAAGAAAAAUUGUUAUGAGAAGGUAUAAUGGGAAAAAUUGAUUGUUGGGAGAAACUCCACAGGACCAGGUGAUUAUUCUGAGAAAAGAAAAUGAGUGAGGUCAUUAUCACUCUGUAAAGCAGAUGAAAGGAAACAGUGUGAUGUGGGGAUAUUUUGAGAUAAGAAUUGUAAUAAAUAUGAGGUUCACCCAAAGCUAGACACUCACUUCAUUGAACUAAGACAGGUUUUGUGUGCUGUGCAGUGGUUUCCUGUGCUCUGCAAUAAAGUCUAUUCUCCCUA